GGAAGUUCAUGGUGAUCUUGCAAUCAUGAGUCUCCGCUUCCUCGAUCUCAUCAAACCCUUCACUCCUCUCCUCCCGGAGGUCUCCUCUCCAGAGACGAAGAUCACCUUCCAGCAGCGGUUAAUAUGGACAGGUGUAAGCAUCCCCAUUGCACGAUCUACAUCCCCAUAUCACACGCGAGCAGCUUCCGAGUUUGUGCAUAAGGUCAAUGGCUGAUCAUUUGCGGAAUAGGUGACGCUACUUGUCUUCCUGGUGAUGAGCCAGAUGCC